GACGGCGGUAACCAGCUGAGCUUUACACCAGAGUCAGGGAGUCUACUAAUUCGACCACCUUAUUUCACCAUUAUCACCCUCCUACAAGCCUCCAACACCAUCAUGGCUCUCCAACAUACUAAAAGGACUGAUGGUCUAUUGAUUUAUCUCAAUUACAAGUAGAAGAAAGUUUUUAUUUGGUGUUAAUUAAGUAUUUAAAGUUCCUCCUUCACUCCCGUCACUCUCGUUAACUCCCCUGGUGAGAAAUUUUUAUAGUUAGGUGAUUUUUUUGGGGGUUAAUUAGGAUUAAAUAACCAUUGGGGGAUUGUUUUAUAUUGUGUGAUUUUUUUUAUUGGUGUUUGGUGUGAUUUGUGUUUUAUCAGGUGAUUGGUGAUUGGUUAUGGUGGAGUGGGUUUAUUCCUUUGGUGAUUUAUAGGAAAUUUUUUGGUGAUUUUUGGGGGAUUUUUCAUUUAUAUUUUUGAUUUAUUUAUUGUGGUUUUGUUAAUUAAUUCACUUGGGGUUAAUUAGUUGUGGUUAAAUUGUUUAAUUGAAGAAAACAAAAUUGGUGAUUCAAAUCAGUAAAAAAAAUGAUUAUUUAAUUUUCAUGUGAUUUAAUGGUUUAUUAUCAUGGUUUAAUCACCUGGUUGUUGGUAGAAUAAACCCAACUGCAAUUAAACCUGGUUGGUGAUUGGGUUGGAUAUUUAAUCGCCAUUGGAGGUCAUUUGAAAUUGUUUUCCUUCGAUGUUUAUUACCAUUGUUGGUUCGUUAUCGUUCAAUCAUCGCAAGCCAUCGUUAGCCUUCGUUUAGGAUUGAAUUUUCUGUCUUGGGGGUCCAUCAUCGUUCAACCAUCGUUAGCCAUCGUCAGAGUUGAAUUUCUCACGACGUUUUAUCCCUCAGGGUAAAACAAAAAACCUCCUCUGGGGUGAAGUAUUUACACCAAAUCCACCACCGCCGACGUCAACACCUUUACGCCAUGUCUCUGAACGCCACAUCGCCCCUGACUACCUCGGUCUAAUGGCCUCGUAAGACUAGGCCGUCUACGCCGUAAUCAUCGACGUCGUCACGGGAACACCACCACCACCGCCACCCUGUAUUAUGACCGACAUGGUGAAGGCGCGGAACUACGAUGAAGAUGGUUUUGUGAAGCGAGCAGCGUGUAUAUGUGUUAACGAUGACGAGAGCCAGGUGUUACUAGUCUCCUCUCGUCGCGACUCGGAACUCUGGAUCGUGCCCGGGGGAGGAGUCGAGCCCAAUGAGCUACCGGAUAUGGCGGCAAUUCGAGAGGUGCGGGAAGAGGCCGGAGUCUGUGGUAUGUUGGGUCGCUGUCUCGGAGUGUUUGAGGACAAUCAGGCAGGGCACUACGAAUUGCUCAAGACAAAAACAAGAGUUGUGAAUUCUACCGACACUGAAAUGAAUUCGGAGCGUGGGCAUCGGACGAGUGUUUACGUCUUGGUGGUGAAGGAAGAGAUGGAGGAAUGGGACGAAUCGAAAGUAUUUGGUCGAAAACGCAAGUGGUUCAGCCUAGAGGAAGCGGUGAAACAGCUGGCCAAGCACAAACCGGUGCAGAGCAGCUACGUGAGCCUCCUACUGCCCAGCCCUGACCCCCAAUCACCGUCCAGCCUCGCCCCGGCCGUCAACGCCAUCAUCGAGGACCAGGUCGACCCGGCCAGUGACCCGACCCACGGCUCCGAGGUCGAGGAAGACGGGGGAUUGGAGUCGUGUGGGGAGCGAACCAAGACUCCAUCUUUAUCCAAGGAAGACUUGAGCAAUAGCUGCCCGACCGACGAAACGACGGCCGACGACACUUAAGCGGCCGAACUGCCAAGCUAUAUCCCCCCCCAACCCCCUAACACCCACCCCCCCCCCACACACACAUAUACCCCAAGUCAUUCACCUCCCCCAUAAUUACGAUCACUGAUUUCACAACAAACAUAACAUCACGAGAAUUAUUGUUCCUUUCAUCGUCUCAUUAUUAUUAUUAUUACCCGAUUUAAACGCCAAACAAAACACACAGGGGGGAAAAAGACCCAAACAUAAUAUAAUUUUAACACCCUCCCCUCCCCUUUCAUUUUUUGUAUAUCCGUGGAUUAAUUCUGUACGUAUAUAAUUUCUCAUCGAGUUAUCACCCCAUUGGCUGUUUAGUUUUGUGAUUUUUUUAUAUACAUAUAUAUAUACAAAAUAUACAUAGUACUAAUACCUUAGAUAAAAUAUGUACGUAGAUGCUCGGAUAGUUGUAAGCUUCCCCUUAUGCCUGUGGAUUCUACAAAAAAAAUUUAAAUCCACCUUUUUUUUGACAAAUUUUUUUACUUAAAAUUUUUGUAUAUACCAGAAUUGUGUUUGUUUGGUUUUUUUCGUCUGUGUUUUUUUGUUUUUCUUUUAUUCCUCUGUUAUUGUUUUAUUAUUAUUAUUGUUUUAUUUUGUUCUCUCUCUUUUUCUCUCUCUCUCUCUCUCUCUCUCGUCUGGUAUCUAUAAUCAGUCAGGUCACCUAAACGAACAACAUUUCAUAAGAACAUUUCAUCACCAGAAGAACGGACAGACUUGUUAUCACCGCCACAAGAAGAACAUUUCACCAUCACAAAACAAAGAACAAUUUUAUCACCCAGCCAGCAGAACAUUUUGUCACCAGAAGAACUUUUAUAGAACAUUUAAUUAUAGCCUCAGUUAGAUAUAGAAAUUAUAUAUUAUAAUUAAUGUUCACUGAAUUUUUUUUAUUGAUUGUUGUAAUAUUAAGAUUUCUCUCUCUCUCUCUCUCUCUCUCUCUCUCUCUCUCUCUCUC